UAACGUGGGAACCCGGAAGUUGACAUCCCUAAGAGAAGAUGACUUUUCUUUGAAGUUGUGGUGGAAAAGUUCCUCGCUCUUUCGUAUCUAAGAAACAGACAAACCAGUUUGCAGUGUAGACAAAUGACAGGCCUGAGGCGUCUCAUUUCUAAGUUCAUUUGCUGUUCGACUCCUCCCUUGGCAGAGAAUCAGUACAGCUAUUCUCAGGUCAAGAAAAUUACCAACAACUUCAAUAAAGUUCACGGCAAAGGAGGGUUUGGUGUGAUUUAUCAUGGAGUUCUAAGAAGAGAACAAGUAGCAGUAAAGAUGCUAAACCGAGCAUCCGUCUAUGACAUUCAACAGUUUACCAAAGAGGUUCAUGACUUUGUCGAAGUUCGUCACAACAACCUUGUGAGACUCAUUGGUUAUUGCGAUGAAGGUGAGCACUUGGCCCUAAUCUACGAAUUCGUGGGCAAUGGAAACUUGCAGGAUCAUCUAUCUGGCAUGUUUGGUACUGUCCUUAGCUGGGAAAGGAGGUUAAAAAUCAUCAUUGGAGUAGCAGAGGGUCUGGCGUAUUUGCAUAGAGAUUUGCGAGUGCUUCACAGAUACGUUAAGCCGACAAACAUCCUACUCGACGAAACCUUUGAAGCGAAAUUGGCUGAUUUUGGGAUGUCUAGAUCCUUUCCAACUGACCCUAACACACAGGCGUCAAAUAAGAUUUAUGUAAAACCUGGAAGAGAACCUUACGUGGAUAGCGAGUACUUCAGUUCAAACAGGUUGACAGAAGCUAGCGACAUUUAUAGCUUUGGCAUUGUUCUGUUGGAAAUGAUAACCAAUCAACCUGUGGUUGACGUCAAACGUGAAAGUCCUCACAUUGCCAUGUGGUUCAAUCUAGAGGUCGCGAAAGGUGAUGCUCUGGAGGUUGUUGAUUCAAGGCUUAACGGUGACUUUGAGCCUAACUCAGUCAGGAAAACUAUGGAGAUAGCACGCGCUUGUGCAGGUAGAAGUGUACCAAGCAUGAGCCAGGUUGUUGUAGAGCUCAACGAGUGUCUGACCUUAGAGAUGGCUCGGGCUCGUUAAAAAGCUGCAGAGACAACAAAAGAGACUCACUGGUCGAAAUGACCAUGAAAGUUCAGUAAUCUCAUCCCCCUUCAUGAUCCAAAAAGCCUUCACAUUGGUUCUCUUUUUAUGUUCUUGUAUCAUUGUCCUUUUCUGCAUCUUAUCUUUAGCUGCUUUUAUCUCUUUUAUAUCUAAAUGAGUAAUAAACAGAUCAUACACUGAA